AUGGGUCCAAUGGUGAAUCGGAUGAUGAAUGAGAAAAGUGAUUUUCAGGAAAAUGCUCCACUUCGUUAUUCUAUCGGUUCAUUUCGUGCUGCUGCUGCUGCUGAUGGUGCUGAACAAAUUCAUAAAUUUAUCAUUUUUCGUUGCAGAUUAAUGCUUUCUUUCUUGAUUCACUUUAAAAAAAUAACCUCAUUUUCAUGUAGAUUUUUCACCUCGGACAUGGGUGACUUCAUGACUAAUUUUCAGUCACUUCCACUCAUUUCCGGGAUGAACAAUAUGAAGUCAAAAGUUGCGCCAUAUAGUCUUCUAGAAGAAUUCUUUUUCAACUUCAAAACUCCACCUCUAACAGUAGAGUAG